AAAAAUUCCCAUAUUAUCUUCAUUAAAUAAUUGUACAUUUUGUUAUUGAGAUUAAACUUGCAUUAAUUCUCUUUUUUAAAAUAGAAGUGUGGAGAAGAAGUAAAGUUAGGUGCGUUCAACUUCGGAAGAAGAGGGUUUACGUAAUUUUCAGAUCGACAGACACUGAUAGAUUGUGUGGUUGAGGAAGAUGAGUGAAGACGUGGAAAUGAAAGAUCAGGCAACGCCUUCACAGUCGGUUUCUUCAGCUCUUCCAUCUGCAUUGCAGCAUUUGAAGGGAAUAUCAUCAAUCAUUGAAAGCGGUUCGUACUCAAAGGAAGUUCGUCGGAUUGCUCGUGCCCUGCGCCUUACAUUUGCGUUGAGACGUAAACUUACGGCACCGCUCCUCUCAUCUUUUCUUGAUUACGUUCUCGUGCCCGCUUCUGAACUUCACGCGAAGUUAUCCUCUUAUCUUCCUAGUCCCAAGGAGGGUGAUCGAGAGAUGGAAGUGGACAGUGCAACAUCUGCCAUUCAAAACCCGGUGGCCAAGCACUUGUUGCCUGAGCUAGAAAUCUACUGUUACCUCCUUGUCCUACUUUUUCUAAUUGACCAGAAAAGAUAUGAUGCAGCCAAAGCUUGUUCCUCAGCUAGCAUUGUUCGGCUGAAGAGCUUGAAUAGAAGAACUGUCGAUGUUAUUGCGUCUAGACUGUACUUUUAUUACUCGUAUAGCUAUGAGCUUGCGGGAGAUCUUGCUGAAAUUAGAGGCAACCUCCUUGCAUUGCAUCGGAUUGCUACCCUGCGCCAUGACGAGCUGGGUCAGGAAACACUUCUUAAUCUGUUACUUCGUAACUACCUACACUACAACCUAUAUGAUCAGGCAGAGAAAUUGAGGUCCAAAGCUCCACGUUUUGAGGCCCAUUCAAAUCAGCAGUUUUGUCGAUAUCUCUUCUACCUAGGAAAAAUUCGGACAAUUCAGCUGGAGUAUACCGAUGCAAAAGAGUCUCUCCUGCAGGCUGCUCGUAAAGCUCCCAGUGCAGCACGAGGUUUUCGAAUUCAAUGUAACAAGUGGGCUCUGAUAGUGCGUUUAUUAUUGGGAGAAGUACCUGAGAGGAAUGUCUUUAUGCAGAGAGGAAUGGAGAAAGCUUUGAGACCUUACUUUGAGCUUACAAAUGCUGUUCGGAUUGGUGACUUGGACUUGUUUAUGAAUGUUGCGGAGAAGUUUGGUACAACUUUCAAUAGAGAUGGAACUCAUAAUUUGAUUGUUCGGCUGCGCCAUAAUGUCAUCAGGACUGGUUUACGCAACAUCAGCAUAUCAUAUUCGCGCAUAUCGCUAGCUGAUGUAGCUAAAAAGUUGAGGUUGAACUCUGCUAAUCCUGUUGCUGAUGCUGAGAGCAUUGUAGCAAAGGCCAUCCGUGAUGGGGCUGUUGAGGCUUCAUUGGAUCAUGCUGAUGGGUGGAUGGUAUCGAAGGAAACUGGAGAUAUUUACUCUACAAAUGAGCCUCAGUUUGCAUUUAAUUCUCGGAUUGCCUUUUGUCUUAACAUGCACAAUGAGGCUGUUCGAGCACUGCGUUUUCCGCCAAACACCCACAAGGAAAAGGAAAGUGCCGAGAAGAGGAGAGAAAGACAUCAACAAGAGCAAGAAUUAGCUAAGCAUAUCGAAGAGGAAGAUGAUGAUGACUUCUGAUAUCUUGGCUAAGCCUAUCGAAGAGGAAAAGGAUGACAACUUCUUAUAAUGAUUUGCUCUUUUAAUAUUACCCGCCCGGGUGUGAGGUUCUUUGUUGCCCGUAGUUGCCUAUAUCUCUAUGGGAAAACUUUCUCUACCAUCUGUUUUCUCGACCAUGAAGUUUUAUUUUGUACACCAAUUUAUUUGGAAAUCCUUUGCCAUAUUGAGAUAUUUACUGGAAGUUACAAAUCAUGGCAACACCAAUGAUCUGUUUCCUUGUUCUGGGAACUUUAUUUUAGCAUUUGAGUAAACUGAUCUAUCAUUUCCAUUUUAGUGAUUCAAUUCAAAAGUUUGACUAU